AUGGCGACUCGAAGAAUCAACACGUCCGAAAAGACACACCUCGACCAAGAUGAGACCAAAGCCGAAGUGAAGUCCAACAUCAGUCCCGCCGUGCCAUCUUCCGUGAUCUACAAACUCCUCGGCUUCACAAUCGCAAUGUUCACCUUCCCAAUCGGAACCUACUUCCUGACCGUAAAUUUGGUAUUUGGUGGCAACUCAACAUACGCCGGAGGUCUCGCAGCCGUAAUGGCAAACGUAGUCCUAAUCAGCUACGUAAUCGUAGCCUUCAACGACGACAAGAGCGAACGAGAAGCUUUAGCAGAAGAAGAGAAGAAAUCGCGUUGA